CGUCGCCCUUCGGCAGUCGUCGGCGGACCGGCCGGGUGAGCGAGCGUGUCCGCGUCAGUCACGUCGCUGCUAUCACUUAAAUGUCAAAUUCAAUGAUUCCGACAGUCAGUUUGACAUGUGCACCGCGAAAUUGUAAACAUUAAUAAUGUAGUGCGUUUAAAGUGAUUGUUCAAUUGGAUCGGCUUAUAUUAAGCGUGUUUUAAUCAGGAUUCCCGUAUAAACAGACUCGCUUUUGCCAAUCCGCACCUAAAGUGCCGCGAACCUGCGAACGUUUGCAGCUCCUGUGGACUAUGGCAGGAGGUUCUGAUGCUGCGGUGUGGUGGAGGGAGUAUAUAAAAUAGGAUGUCAAAGUGAUUUACUAUGGACCGCGUGAGUGGUGUGUGUCGUUUCGGCGGAGUGGUGUCGGCGGUGCGGACUAGGAGCGGACGCAGCCGGCGGCGGCUGGCGGGGCCGGCCCCGGCGCCCAGCUCGCCCGAGACCCCGCGCCGCGGGCUCGGCGCUGUGCUAGUGCUCACCUGCAUCCUCGUCUACCACAACUGCCUCUACUGCGGCUUUGUGUUCGAUGAUAUCAAUGCUAUUAAAGAAAAUAGAGACUUGAGGCCUCAGACACCAAUUUCUAAUAUAUUCCUGAAUGACUUCUGGGGGACACCCAUACAUAAGGAGCAGUCGCAUAAAUCGUACCGUCCUCUGACGGUGCUCACGUUCCGAUGGAACUACGCAGUGCACGGCCUGCAUCCGGCGGGGUACCACCUCGUCAACCUGCUGCUCCAUGCCCUUGUCUCACUCUUGUACUACAAAGUGUGCGCGAUGUUCCUGCCGGAGUUCGCAAGUUUCGUGGCCGCCAUGCUGUUUGCCGUGCACCCGAUACACACCGAGGCGGUGACGGGCGUGGUGGGUCGAGCUGAGAUGUUAUCAUCCGUGUUCUUCCUCGGAGCUCUGCUGUGCUACGCUCGGGCAGCAAGCAAGAGAAGAUGUACAGACUGGCGCUACGUCGCCGCGUGCGCAGUGUGUGUGGGCGUGGCCAUGCUGUGCAAGGAGCAGGGCAUCACCGCCACAGGCGUCUGUGUCGUCUACGAGCUUUUCGUGGCGCAAAAGCGCCGUGGGACCGGCGGGGGCAGCCGCUGGUCGUGGAUGGAGGCGUGGGGCAAAGGCUCAGGCUGGGGGUACGCGUGCGGCGAGGCCGCACGACGCGUCGUCACCAUUUGCUGCGCCAGCCUCGCCCUGCUGGCAGCCAGGCUGCACGUGAUGGGCGCGCAGCUGCCUGUGUUCACGAGAUUUGAUAAUCCAGCGGGGGCCACUACAUCACCUGCCAGGCACUUGACUUUCGCUUACCUACCAGCACUGAACGCGUGGCUCCUGGCGCUGCCCGAAGCGUUAUGCUGUGACUGGACCAUGGGCACGGUGGAGUUACUCCGAACUUGGCAAGACCCCAGGAAUCUAGCCACCGUGACGCUAUUCAUCUGUUUACUGGUCGCUGGUAUACACGCGUUGAGGACGCGGUGUACUGCUUUGACCAUGGGCCUAGCGCUUCUCGUACUCCCCUUCUUGCCCGCGUCCAAUCUCUUCUUCCCCGUGGGAUUCGUGGUGGCCGAGCGGAUUCUGUACAUGCCUUCAAUGGGCUGGUGCCUCCUCGUGGCCCACGGCUGGCGACUGGCCGCCAAGAAAUACGCCAAGACGGCGGUGGCCUCCCUCUUGUUUAUACUCCUGGCUUUUAGUAUCAAGACUUAUAUGAGGAACUGGGAUUGGAAGACUGAAUAUUCUAUUUUCGCUUCAGGGUUAAGGGUGAACCGCAACAACGCCAAGCUGUAUAACAACGUUGGCCACGCUUUAGAAGCGGACGGGAAGUACGCGGAAGCCCUGGAGUUCUUCAACACCGCCGUCAGCGUGCAGCCGGACGACGUCGGCGCACACAUCAACGUCGGCCGCACGUACAACCAUCUCGGCAAAUACCAAGAAGCCGAGGAGGCUUAUGUCAAAGCCAAGUCCUUACUCCCUAAAGCGAAACCUGGCGAGUCCUACCAGGCCAGAAUAGCCCCCAAUCAUCUAAGCGUCUUCUUAAACCUAGCCAGCUUAAUAUCCAAGAAUGCCACUAGACUGGAAGAGGCGGAUAUGCUGUACAGACAGGCGAUUAGUAUGAGGGCGGACUACACUAGAGCGUAUAUUAAUAGGGGAGACAUUUUAAUUAAAUUAAAUAGGACGAAAGAGGCGCAGGAGGUGUAUGAAAAAGCGCUUCUGUAUGACAGCGGCAACCCGGAUAUUUAUUACAAUCUGGGCGUGGUGCUGCUAGAGCAAGGCAAGGCGUCACAAGCGCUAGCGUACCUAGACAAGGCGCUAGAGCUGGAGCCUGAGCACGAGCAGGCGCUGCUCAACUCCGCCAUCCUGCUGCAGGAGCUCGGCGCCGCCGACCUGCGCCACGUGGCGCGGCAGCGGCUGCUCAAGCUGCUCGACAAGGACGGUACAAACGAGCGCGUGCACUUCAACCUGGGCAUGGUGUGCAUGGACGACGGCGACGCGGAGUGCGCGGAGCGGUGGUUCCGCGCCGCCGUGCACCUCAAGCCCGACUUCCGCUCCGCGCUCUUCAACCUCGCGCUACUACUGGCAGACCGCCGCAGACCGCUUGAGGCUGCGCCCUUCUUGAAACAACUAGUCAGGCAUCACCCAGACCACGUGAAAGCGUUGGUGUUGUUGGGAGACAUCUAUAUUAACUCCGUUAAGGAUCUGGAUGCGGCUGAAAGCUGCUACCGGCGCAUCCUGGAGCUGGAGCCGGACAACGUGCAGGCGCUGCACAACCUGUGCGUGGUGGCCGUGGAGCGCGGCGCGCUGGCCGCCGCCGAGGAGUGCCUCGCCCGCGCGGCCGCGCUCGCCCCGCACGAGCACUACAUCCGCCACCACCUGCAGGUGGUGCGCGCGCGCCGCGCACAGGCCGCGCAGCGCGCGCCCGCCACCGCGCCCGCGCACGCGCACGCGCACGGCGACGAGGUGCGCGCGCGCUGGAACUACAUCCCGCAGCAGCCGCCCGACCCGCACGAGGCCGACCCCGCGUAGAGCCCGCGCCGGGCUCCGUUGACGAUCAGGGUAUUCAACUGUCGCUCCGCUCUCUCCGAUCUGAAUGUGAAAGCUAAUGACGAGCCUCCGUCUCUCCCGAAUACUUGCGAAUGUUUUCGGUACCGCCGCGAAGGGACGAGUCGAAUAGAAAACCGCUCGUGAGUACGGGGCGACAUAAAAUAGUAGAAAAUAUAUAAAUGCUCCACUUUUUUCGUAACUCUCCAUAAACUCUGACGUAAACGCAUCCAUUUUAUUUCAUUUCUACUACGAGUAUUUCAUUCAAAACACUGUAUUUCGCGCAAUGAACAUGGCGACCACAAAUUGGAACAUUAUUUUACAAUUAUAAGUCUGAGAUCUCGGUUAAAAAAAUUACGUACAGCUUUACAUAUAAGAAUAGGAAUAAACUGUCGUCCCGUUUUAUCCCAUAUUAUAUUCAUUUGAAAGGGCCGGAGGGAAGUUGCCUCUUUUUAAUCUACUAUUUUUUGGCAAACUAGUUUUUUUCCGUUUUGCACGUUGAACAUAAAAACCCCUUUAAACAAGGUACUCAACUAAUGUAUUCUAAUUACAUAUUAUAAUCUCACCCAUUUUCGAGAACAUCAUCUUUAUGUGCAGACAAGCGGUGGUAAUUUGUCUCGUCUCCUCCGCGUUGUAUCGCUUCAAUAUUUCGAAUGCUUUACUUACCUACUUACUACACUUCACCGUUGUAUUCCAACUCAAAAUUUUUACAAUAAUUCGAUAAUUUUGGCUGUUUAAUUAGUGAUUUAUUGAUCUCAUAGAAUAUUAAUUUGCAUACGCCUUUAUAAUAUUAUUAAAGUACUUAAAGUUGGACAAGCUUCGUCAUUAGCCCCGUAUACGGUAUCUGUGCGUAGUUAUGAUUUAUAAUAACUGAUUAUAGGCAUAAUAGAUGGGAUUUGUAUCAUUCCAAUUAUAAUCUAUUUAACUUUGUCUAGUCAAGAUGCAAUCGCAUUUGGUGUUAAUUUUGGACUUAUUUUAUGCAUUUACUGAUAAGAGGUGAUUUAAAAUGAUUAAUUGUUGUAAAUGUUGAUCAACCUAAGCUUGGAAUAGACGUUGGGAGUAGCAUUUAGAUGAAUGUGCCCCGCAUUAAGCCACCCCGUUCUCAUAAGGCUAUACAAUAAACCUAGAUAUAAACAAGUUUCAAUCUCAAUUCUUGUGACAUGUUAAAUAUUAACUGCAUUAUAUAACGGCAAAAUGAUCAACGAUAGGACUUCUUAUUUACAGAUGGAAGUAGUGAAAGAGCGUUCAAUGUAAGUUAUAGAAAAGUACGCAAUUUAACUAUAUGAGAUGAAUUAGGAGGACAGAGAUAUUUUAUUUAAUAGACAUCGGUCUAAUUUUUGGGCUUUAUAAGCAUGUGGGUAGUUUAGCCAGAGCUUACUUUGCGGCAGCUACGAGUACGGAUUAAAGUCUCUAAGAGUCUAAUGUCUGGCCAAACAUAUUGAUCACAAUAUUCACAAGGGUCGGAUAUCUAACGUUUAGUAUGGCGGUGUAAGUAAGGAAAAGAGUUAGGCAUGGCAAGGAAAGUCCUAGAUAAGGUUAAUUAUUUUCGUAAACUCAAAUGUUACUGUGUAAAGAGUAAAUGAAGUGAUCGACCGUUGUUAGAUUUAGAUGUGAAAAAUGUAAUGUUGUUAAUGUUUUAAGGUAAAAGUAACUUUUGUAAAAACUGAAUUUUUUACAAUGUCUUGAAACAUUUCUGGUGGGAACUCUGUGGGGUGUCAAUGAUUUGUAUGGACCCCAAAUAUUAUAAACUAUUUGUCGUCAAAACGUUUAUUUUUAUAAAAUAAAAUGAUGUUUCGAGCGAG